GGUCGGCGAUUAUUAUGGCGGGUUCGUGUUUUUUCAACCUCAAAUACGAAAUGAGUAGUUAUGUGCGCCGCUCGGGCGGCGACAUUGACAGCAAUUCGUCGAAUAUUCUCGUUCGCCAUUUUGUAAAUGCUCUACGAUUUUGUGUUAAGUAAUGAAGGUUAGCUCAUCCUGGUGGGGCACAAAUUUGGUCGGUAAGGAUGUCUGAGAAGUGUGUGGUAGGGAAACCAGUGCUCAAACGUCAUGAAGUCGCUAAGCCUAUACACAUCCAGAGGCUGGAAGCCGCCCUAGACAUCAGACCCUUCGUGAGGCAGGUGGAGAAGAUACUGAACUCUGACGGCGGGAGCGACAGUGACGAUGAUUCAGACAACAAAUCCAUGGCAAAUGAGAUGUCGAAAGGCGACAAGAAUAUGCACGGUGUUGUCACUACUAAGCAAGAAAGACAGAGUGACCGCCUCAGGCUAUACAACUUAGCAUCAGUAGGCGAGGAGCGACAGUGGCUGAGGGAUGUGCUGCUGUCUUCAGAGACAGAGUCCAGCAGCGAGGAAGACACUCCAUCUGCUAAAGAGCAGAGGAUACGGAGACUGUUGAAGGAGAGGCACUAUCAUAACAAAUAUGCAAAGGACUAUUAUAAUGACCCUGGAAACUCCCGCUACAUGUACUACGGCGCUGGCCUCCUGUCCACCAUCGACCGCUACCCGGAGCGCAGAGUCAGCAGGCCGGCGCCGGCUGCAGGCUCGCGAGGCCGCCGAGGCCGCCCGGCGGAGCGGGGCGCGGCUAGAGGCUCGCAGAAGCCGAGGAGAGGUCGCGCUAAAGAUGGCCGCGCGUGUGCUGAAGGCAGUGAUGUGCCUGACGGUGUGGACUGGGAAGAGCAACUGAAACAUUUGAAAGAAGAGAAUGACACUGAUGAACUUACAAUCGUCGACAAACCAGGAGUCAGAGGUCGCAAAAAAUUAUCAACCCUCAAAAGUCCAGAAGCUCUGACGGCGCGCCGCAGGCGGCAUUGGCAACUUCUAGUCAAAAAGGAACUCGGCAAAGUUCAAAGAGCGAGGACCGCAACUCACAGGGAACUGAUGCUGCAGAGGAAGAGAUUGGCAACACUCUGCUGCAAACAUUGGCGACAUGUUGCAAUGCAGUCACAAAAGAAUAUGAAAGAAACGGUAUGGAGAUGCAAGAGGCUCAGUCGCGAGAUGCAAGCGUACUGGAGGAGAUACGACCGCGCCGAGAGAGAGACGCGGCGGCGUAUGGAACGUGAGGCCGAGGAACAGAGAAAGAUGGAUGUAGAACUAAUGGAGGCGAAACGCCAACGUCGCAAACUGAACUUCCUCAUAACGCAAACUGAGUUGUACGCGCACUUCAUGCAGAAGAAACUGAAUGCUGGUGAUGGUUGCGAUAGUGAUGCUGACAUGAUCCUCCAACAGCUGGAUGAGGACAGGGACCCCAGGCUCGCUGCCAUUGAUAACUAUGACAGUGAAGCAAUGAAAGCUCGAGCAUCGAAGAACGCCCGGGAAGCGUUCCAAGCGGAGCGGGCGCGGACGCAAGCGCUGGACGCUUCCGACGGCACGGAACGGAGCGAGCGCAGGGGAGACUACGACCAGCCGUCCAUAUUCAACGGCACUCUCAAGGGGUACCAGCUCAAAGGGAUGAACUGGCUCGCGAACCUUUAUGAUCAGGGUAUCAGCGGUAUUCUGGCAGAUGAGAUGGGUCUCGGAAAGACUGUGCAAUGCAUAGCGUUCCUGUGCCACGUGGCCGAGCGACUUGGAGUCUGGGGCCCCUUCCUGGUAGUGUCGCCCGCGUCAACUUUGCAUAAUUGGCAACAAGAGAUGCAACGAUUUGCGAGCGAUUUUAAAGUGGUACCAUACUGGGGCAGUCCGAGUGAACGUAAGAUACUCAGACAGUUCUGGGAACGUAAGGACUUGCACACGCCGCAGGCAGCGUUCCAUGUCGUGGUGACGUCGUACCAGAUUGUCGUAUCGGAUCUCAAGUAUCUCAACCGGGUCUCCUGGCAAUAUAUGAUACUCGAUGAAGCUCAAGCUAUCAAAAGCUCGGCUAGUAUGAGGUGGAAAUUGUUGCUCGGGUUCAGUUGUAGAAAUCGGCUACUGUUAUCAGGAACACCAAUACAAAACAGUAUGGCAGAACUAUGGGCGUUAUUGCAUUUCAUAAUGCCGACACUAUUUGAUUCCCAUGACGAAUUUAAUGAGUGGUUCUCCAAAGAUAUAGAAAGCCAUGCAGAAAACAAAACCACUAUAGAUGAGAAGCACCUUUCCAGGUUGCACAUGAUUCUGAAGCCGUUCAUGUUGAGACGAAUCAAGAAAGACGUGGAGAAUGAACUGUCCGACAAGAUUGAGAUUAUGGUGCACUGCCCUUUGACUAUAAGACAAAAGCUUUUGUAUAUAGCGCUAAAGAAGAAAAUAAAAAUAGAAGAAUUAUUACAUUACUCCGUGGGUGCCGAGUCUGGACAUAAUGUAGAUAAAAAUUUCACUUCCAACCUUAUGAACUUAGUUAUGCAAUUUAGAAAGGUUUGCAAUCAUCCAGAACUAUUCGAAAGGCGUGACGUGCGCUCUCCUUUCGCGAUGCAAAUCGACGACUACCAUUUACCAAAGAUAAUAGCCGAAGAUGGCAUACUUUUACGGAAGAUACCCUCAAAACGACACAUUUUGUACAAUAAACUGUGUGUUCUGACACCUGACCAUGUUCAUAGGAGUAUAUGUGAUGAUUUGUACAGUUGUUUUGCGUUUAUGAGGUUCAUGGAUCUGUCUCCCAUGGAGAUGUAUAGAGUUAUGGUGUGCGGUUGGUUGUAUGCAAUGUUACACAUUGAAAAAAGUCUAGAUAAGUAUGAGAAGCUACGCCAUAGACAACAGUGGUGGUUGUCUAUGAGUACACCACAUACUGAGGUGAAACAAGAGAUAGACAGUGACGCGUGUGCGAGCGGGACAGACUACGACAGUGGCACAGACUAUGAUAGAGUUAACAGUAAAGACUUAUUUUUGAUAUGUCCCAAUGGUGAUGUGUUGAGGAAGAGGAAACACGAUUGUCUUCUGUGGAGGGAGUUUUUGUUUACAGACCCACUUUGGAUUGACGGUGGUCCAUUCUACAUCCACACUGAGCAAAUACUGCACUACACGCCCGAGACGGUAGAGCAUCGCGCUCUGAGGACUAGGAACUUAAAGAAUAUGGAGGGACAAACAGAAAUGCUGAGCGAAAUAAAAACCGAAGAGGGCGGUGUCAUAGCAGUGGUUCCGCAGAUGACCGAGAUACCGGAGUUCCCCCACGUGGAGCGCGCGCCCAGAGUGUACCGCGAUGUGCCCACGCCUUUACCGGCCUUCCUGUGUACCGCGCAGCCUAAGGUGCAAGCACCGACGCGCGCGCCAUUCGCAGUGUCGCGGCGCUUCGCCCACCACUGCGCGCGGCACCAGCAUGGCGAGAGCGCGGAGGGCUCUACCACGCUCGCCCGUCUGGUGGCCGCCGCGCGCCCGCCGCAGGGCUGGGCUUCGCUACAGGUGCCAGAUAAGAACCAGCUGGUGAGCGAUGCUGGCAAGCUGACAGUGCUAGACUCGUUGCUGCGACGGCUCAAGGAGCGCGGACACCGAGUACUGAUAUACAGCCAGAUGACCAAGAUGAUAGACCUGCUCGAGGAAUACAUGUGGCACCGCAAACACAAAUACAUGCGGUUGGACGGAUCCAGCAAGAUCUCCGCGCGACGAGACAUGGUCGCCGAUUUCCAGGCUCGGGCAGACAUAUUUGUAUUCCUGCUGUCGACUAGAGCGGGUGGUCUUGGCAUCAAUCUGACUGCUGCGGAUACUGUGAUAUUCUACGACUCUGACUGGAACCCAACGGUGGACCAGCAAGCCAUGGACCGCGCGCACCGGCUGGGGCAGACCAAGCAGGUCACCGUCUACAGACUCAUCUGCAAGGGCACCAUUGAGGAGCGGAUCAUGCAGAGGGCGAGGGAAAAGAGUGAGAUCCAGAGGAUGGUCAUAAGCGGCGGCAACUUCAAGCCGGACACGCUGAAGCCCAAGGAGGUGGUGUCGCUGCUAUUGGACGACGAUGAGAUUGAACUCAAGUAUCGUCAGAAAUCUGAAGAAAAGAAAAUCAUUGAAGAGAGAGAACGCAAGAGGAAGUUAGGAAUUCUACCGCAGGCGGCAGUGAUAGAGCCGAAGCGGUCGCGCGAGUCCUCCGAGCCAGGCAGUCCGCUGCAAGUGGACGACGACAGCGACCAACUGCACAUCGACGCCUCGCCGCAACCGCAUCUGCCGUACUCCCCGCCCAUGAGAUCCAGCUGGGCCAAUAGCAGAUCGUCCCGCGGAGCGCGUCGCGGUCGUCCGCGCGGAUCUCGGCACGCGAUUGGUCGCCGCGCCGAGGCCACGCCCACCGACCAGCCGCCCGCCUCCGCUUCCGCCGCCGCCGUAGCCGCACGAGCGGGCGCAGCGCUGUUAGAGUCGGACGGGCCGCUGGAGGCGCUGGAGGCGGCAGCGGGCGAGGCGCGCGGGCGCCGGGGCCCGGGCCGGCCGCGCCUGCGCACCCCGGCCCGCGCCGCGCGCCCCAGCCGCCGCGCGCGCCGGCCCCGCGAGCCGUUGCUGGUGCCGCUGGCGCCGCCGCCCUAGCCCCGCGCGCGCCCGCACCCCGGGACCGGAUUAUGACAAUAAUCAAGAGGACAGUAAUUAAGUGGUUUACUCGUGAUGACCCACCUUUAGAAGUGUUGUUACAAAAUAGAUUCAUAAUUCGACUUAUUAGUGCAAUACAAUAGG